AUGGGACAGCACAUGGGCAAUCACGAGGCCGAUGGAGCUAUGGCUCGCUCGGCCAAGGAACGAGGAGGAUACAGAUGGGGAGGAGGGUUCCCCGUGCCCAACCUGGAACUCGAAUUUCAUCUCGGCCCUCUCCAGUCUGCUCUUCGUCCCUUUAGUGUCAUCUCCCUUACCCUCCCCAGAGACAGUCGCAUCGCCAUGAAGUUCUCUCUCCUUUUCUGGGCCCUGGCGCCAUUGGCUGCCGCGCACUUUCACCUUCAAUACCCCGAAUCUCGCGGGUUUGACGAGAAUACAAUGGCCCAAUUCCCUUGCGGUGGCCUCAGCCAGUCUUCCAACCGCACCAAAGUGCCUAUCUCAGGAUCCUUGCCCGUCUCCCUCCGUAUGGGUCACUCCCGAACUGCAGUCGAAGUUCUGCUCGCGCUGGGCACCAAUCCCGGUGAUAACUACAAUAUCACUCUCGUGCACACCUUCCAGAUCAAUGGUCUGGGCCCAUUCUGCCUGCCUCACGUGGAUUUCACCGAGAAGCUCCUCGGUAUGAACCUCACGGAUGGUAUGAACGCGACGCUCCAAGUUCAGAGCAACGGGGAUCCCACCGGUGGCCUCUACGCUUGCGCCGACAUUCAAUUCGACUCGAGCGUCAAAUACGAGCAACCCUCGGUUUGCACCAACGGAAGCGGCAUUGCUGCCACUCCUUUCCCCAGUGCAGCUGCUCAGCGGAAUGCCAAUGAAUCUACCGGCAACGGGGAAGCUCAAGGGUCAGGCACCAGCUCCGGUUCCACUUCCACUUCCUCGGGAGCAGCUGUGCCCCUACAGACUGCUGCAUGGGGUGUGCUCGGUGCAGCCCUCGCCGGCGGUCUUGCAGUUCUCUAG